AUGCGGGCUACGAACCAGCCUCGACAGCUCGUUGUGGAGAAAAGAAGACGAGAAGGCAUCUCGAGCUUUUCAGUGAUGACACCCUUGUAUGGAAAUGACAUGACAGAGCCAUUGAAGAUGGAUAUGCUCCAAUUUUUCAGAGACGCACUCGUCCAAGAGACGGGGCGCCAUGUUGACAAUGACGACUUUGACGCUCUCUUCUCCGAGCUUGGCGCCGAUCCCCUUGUUGGUGUUGCUGUCAUUGAACGUGUAACCAACAGUACGGGGAUCGAAUUUCCCGCAUCUCUCCUUAGGGAUUGCAAGAGUUUAUCCGAUAUCGCAUCCGGAUUACGCAAGAUGAGUGGUAGUGGUAGUCAUGAGACGGUUGAAAAAGCGCCGCGCGCUGCUCGUCCGCCUCGUGAGGCCCCAUUGCCAAGAGGAAAUGUGAGGAAUGCCUUUCAGGACGCAUGCAGCCAUGUACAGGAAUUCCUGCGAAAGGCCGGGAGUGCCAACUUCUGGAGCAGAGUGUACCCUGCGCAGCGUCAGUUGGUACUGGCCUUUGUCAACGAUGCAUUUGAUCGAUUAGGAUGCUCCCUGGCCGAUAUGCCGGUAGGGACCAUAGUAACGUAUCCUCGGGGCGUUUUGGACAAGCACCGUCGUGUGUUUGACGGUGCCAUAUUCGAGAUCCUGGCAGACGGGGGACUUGUCAACGUGGAUCCGGAGCUUGGCGCCAUUCGGACAUCUACCGUCGUCGACAAGACACCGCCUCAGCAGAUUCUAGCCACGAUCAUCCUUGAGCAUCCCCAGUUUGCCAAUCUGCACCGCCUUUUGAAUGUUACCGGAUCGCAGUUUGCGGAAUGUCUCACCGGGCGUCUCGACCCUAUCAAGCUGCUGUUUGGGAGGAGCAAAGACUUGCUUCAAGACUUUUACACCAACGCGCCCAUGUCCCUGGCGGCCUCACUGCACCUUGUUGCCGUGAUCAAGCGUCUCCUCGCUGAUGGAGAGUACAGGCCAGGCAAAAGCAUCGACAUCUUGGAAGUUGGCGCGGGAUUGGGUGGCACGACCAGGUUCGUGGUGGAAGCGCUCAUCGAAGCGCAAGUUCCGUUCAGAUAUGUGUACACGGACAUCUCAGCAUCCUUUUUCGCGGCGUCGAAGAAUCGGUACAAGAGCCUACCGCCCGGCAGUAGUAUGGAGUUUCUCGUCCUUGACGUUGAAAUACCACCGCCCGAGACACUGCUCGGCGGCUUUGACGUGGUUGUGUCGACGAAUUGCAUACAUGCUACAAGAAACCUGGGCGUGUCUUGCUCCAACGUCCGCAAGCUGUUGCGAGGCGGUGGAUUUUUUGCCCUCAUCGAGUUCACUAGUCGUAUGUACUGGCUUGAUUUGGUCUUUGGCCUCUUGGAUGGUUGGUGGCUGUUCGAGGAUGGGAGAAAGCAUUGCACCGUCGACGAGACGGUCUGGGAGGAGAAAUUGCAGCUGUCGGGGUUCAGUGACGUCUUGUGGGCUGAUGUGGAGGGCGAUGACAAAUCCAGCCUGCAGCUUUUGGUAGCCUGCACAGACUAA